UUUCUCGCCAUCGUUCCACAAGUCAUACCCAAUGCCUCCCAAGGAGAUCAUCCGGCGGCUGCUCAAGAACAAGCAGCCAACGAAAGUCCUUGCGCACCUACCACUCCAUUGCCUACCCCUGUCCGCUCAGGAAAGUGCCAAUCUUACUCAAUGUCAUUUGUAACCGUCGCUUCUCCCGUCAAAGCUUCUAAGCCGGCGGAUCCUUCACCAAUGCAUCCCCCACCCACCGGCCUUGAGCCUGUUCUGCAAGAAUCGUCAGUUCCUCCACCUCCACCUGAUCCUCCAGUGUCACAACUCUCACCGAUAGCAUCAGAUAGCUUCCCCAGCAGUCCUGCGCUUCCAGUGGCUCCUAAAGCUGUACCGGAGAUACUCGAUAAUAUCACAGGUUUGGAUUUUUUCCUAAAUAAGACUUAUUUAGCUGAGCCUAUCUGA